AUGCUCAGAAUACAAACUUUAGAAACAGUAUGGCUGCCAGUGGAGUGGCAGCUGACAGAAGUCUGGCGAGAAGCACGCACUACAUUGAGUGCAGACUUCGUUCUUUUGCAAGUGCCACAGUGUCACCUACGUUUGAAGCUUGCACGCCACGAAAGGACCAUCUGCACAACCAGUUGUACAACAUUGGGCCGUGUCUGUCUCCUUGCCACAGCAAUGUGUGCCGGGAGUGCAGAGCAGAGGUGUAUCAGUGCGAUUGCGGCAGCAUAUCCCGCCAGCGGCAAGACAGGUCCCUCCGCAGCAUUGUGA